AUGGCCCUUUGUUGGAAGUUUGUAACGUAUGAGUUAGUUGUAGCGUGGCUGAGUUGCCAGGGUGUUGGCUGCAUUGCAGAAGCCUCUUCACCAGUGUUAGGAUGUACGCUUAUGGAAGACAGGCAUAAAGAAUCUGUUGCUUUCGAUUCUGCUGUCGCUGUUAUAUCGAAUCCCAUGCUGGAGGAGAUGAUGUCAUUGCCAAGCCUACCGAAGGCGCAGUCUUGA